AUGGACCGUAACAAGGAAAUCAGGCGCCGUCUACGUUCGGGGCAGUUAGACGAUAAAGGUUUUGAAAAUGAAGAUCAGCGUUCAUUUGCCGAAUCUGCGGAUACGGACAAUUCAUCAUCAGAGGAAUUACAGAGUGCAGAUUUGAAUUCGUCUGAAGAGCCUAACAGCGGUGUUCCUUCUCCAUCAGAAGAAUCGCAUGGCGACAAUCAAUAUUCGCUGCAACUGCUUGACAGUGAGACUCGUUCGACUCCAGAAGAUCAACCUGAUGAAUAUCAGCUUUCGUCGGAGGAACUGCUUACCAGGGAUCAGCUGUCUGCAGAUGGUUAUGACAACAACGAAGACUCCUUGUCAGAAGAGCUAUUUAGCGUCGACCAAUCUUCUGAAAGCGAAGACGAAGAAAAGCCUGUGGAGGAAAGACUCACUGUCACUUACAAAAUUGAAGACCAGAUGUUGAGCGGCAAAACGGUAACUGUGAACCGUCUGCGAUUGUGGUGGACAUAUUUUCUGCGGAAGUUAAGGCCCGAUGAAGUUCAGCUGGAGACAGUAGGAAGCCACCCAAAGGAAACAUCGAUAGAAGAGCACAAGAUCUCGCUUGAAGAUUUACGUAAGAAGCUAAAGUGCAAUUUUGAGGAAGGUCUAACGGAUGCUGAAGCUGAACAACGACUGCUGCUUCAUGGUCAAAAUAUUCUUUCGCCACCUCCUGUCACACCAGAGUGGUUAAAAUUUGUCAAAACUCUCUUUGGUGGAUUUGCGUGUCUUCUGUGGACUGGAUCCAUUCUUUGUUUUAGUGCCUACAUCUUUCAGGCUUCUUCUUCUGGGCAGGAAACCGUUGAACCGGACAAUCUGUACCUUGGAAUCGUCCUAGCUUUAGUGGUGAUCGUGACCGCAGUUUUCCAGUAUUACCAAGAAGCGCAAAGUUAUCGAAUAAUAGAAUCUUUCAAGAAGUUAAUACCAACGUUGGUGUUAAUCGGCAUUAUCGUUUUUUUGCAGAUGGGUAUUUCCAGAAACUUGGCCAAGUCUGCUCAGCUCCAGUGGCACAUUCUCAUGUUUUAG